AUGGGCGCGCCGAAGACGAAAUGGUCCGUCGAGGAGGAGGACGCGCUGAAGCGAGGCGUGAAGAAGUACGGGCCGGGGAAGUGGCGGCUCAUCCAGAAGGACGACGUCCUCGGCAAGACGCUCAAUCUGCGCUCCAACGUCGACCUGAAGGAUAAAUGGAGGAACAUGUACCCGAACAACGGCUCGUCGGAGUACACGGUGCGAGCCGCGACCGCCCCUCUCCCGUCGUCGCUUCGUUCGUCCCGAGAUCGACGGCGCGUCGACGCCGCCGCCGCCGCCGCCGCCGCGCUCGCGUCCGCCGCGCGUCCGCCCGCCGCUCGAUCUCCGCCCGGGCUCGCGCGACCGCGCGCGUCGGGCGGCGCAUCGCUCCCGCUUCGCGAUCGGCGAGCGGACGCCGCGGCGACGUCGCGCGCGACGACGGCGACGCGUCUCAUUAUUCUCGGAGCGGUCGACUCGAUUCCUUUCGAUUCCUUUCGGGUCGCGCCGCCGCGCUCACCGCUCCGUCCAACCCCCUCCUCCUCGUCCCCGCCCGGACGCGCGCAGGACGACGACGAUAAGACCUCCGACGGGUCUCGAGGCGCGACGAAGAGCGAGAGCGGCGGGAGGCGCGGCGGGAAAGGCCGCUCCUCCGGCGGCGGCGGGUCGAGGGGCGGCGGCGGCGGCGGCGGCGGCGGGUCGAAGAAGACGUCCUCCGCGUCGGAGAAGAAUUCAGGCGGAGCGCGGAGCCACCACCGCAAGGAUAAGAGCGAGGUGAAGAGCGAGAAGGGCGCCGGGGGGGGGGGCAGCGCGGGAGGCGAUAAGUCCAAGCGCGACCGCGGCGGGAACGACGGAAACGGCGGAAACGCGAAGAAAAAGCAGAAAAACGCAGGCGGCGCCGGGGGCCGCGCGUCGGGCGGCGCCGCCCCCGCCUCAACCGCGACGAUGACCCCCGCGGAGGCGCCGUACCUGUUCCUCGUCAACGGGCAGUACAGGACCGCGGAGGAGGUGAACAAGGACGCCGCGAGGGCGGUCAGAGACGCGGAAAAAGCCGCCGCGCUCGCGGAGGAAGCGGCGCGGGAAGCCGAGACGUACGAGAAAGAGGCGUGGGAGGCGGAGCGGCUCGCGAACGCGCUCGUCGAGUCCGCGGAGCGGCAGAAGCAGCGGAUGGAGGCGCUCGAGCGGCAGAAGAGGGCGGGGGCGGGGGCGGGGGGGUUGAAGACGCCGACGGCGAACGGCGGCGAGGGCGGGGUGCCGGCGUGA